AUGUCGUCCAUGCGAAACGCCGUACAGAGGCGCUCUCACCGUGAGCGUGCCCAACCCCUCGAGCGCAAGCGCUUCGGCCUCCUCGAGAAGGACAAGGACCGCCAACUUCGACAGAAAGAUUACAAAAAGAAGUCCGCGACGCUCAAGUCCCUGCGCGAAAAGGCCGCCGACCGCAACGAGGAUGAGUUCUACUUCGGCAUGCUCUCCCGCGACGGGCCCGGGUCCCGCGUGCUCGACGGCAAGAAGUGGCGCGGCACCGUCACCGGCGACCGCGGUAAUCGCGCCAUGGAGGUGUCGCUCGUGCGCCUGCUCAAGACCCAGGACAUUGCCUAUGUGCGCACGACGCGCAGCGUCGUCAUGCGCGAGGUCCAGAGGCUGACGGAGGCCGUCGUGCUCGCGGCCGAGGGGCUGCCGGCCGGGGAUGACGAGGACGAGGAGGGCGACGACGAGUUCGACUUUGCGGAGGCGCCGAAGCCGAAAAAGAUUGUUUUUGUCGACGAUGUGGCGCAGCAGCUUGAGGCGGUGGAGGAGGAGGAGGAGGAAGUGGGGGGCGCGGAUGACUCGGACGGGCUCGACGACGAAGAUGACGAUGACAAGAAGGAAGAGGCGGUCGACGAGGAGACGGCGAGGAAAAAGAAGAACCUGCAGCGGUUGCGUGCCGAGCUGGCCUUGGCCCAGAGGAAACUCAAGGUCCUGACCAAGGCGGAGCAGGAGCUUGAGAUCCAGCAGGCCAAGAUGGCCAAGACGGCAACGUCAGGAGGCACAACGAGGAAGGGAAAGAAGAUCAUGGUCCGCACGCGGAAGAGGUGA